UAAGAACGUAACCUCUUGACGUCGCCGAAAGCGAUCGAGAUCUGUGUGUCUGUUUUUUUGAAAAAAUAAAAAAUAAAAAGGAAUGUAAAUUAAAAUUGCUGACUAAAACCAAAAAGAAAUAUUAUCGGGGUGUGCCAAGAGGUCCGAAAUCGGGCUGAAGCGGUUGUUCCUGCGGUUCGGCAAAUAAAGAUGUUCAUAGUCACAAAGGAGAUCGACAGCGAGAACAUCAGCAAAUUGUGUCGCACGUGCCUGAGAGAGGACGGCGACAAGAUGGUGUGUUUAUUCGUGGGCCCGGCCGGUUCCUCGCUCGCCGCUAAACUCCGAUCUCUCUCUUGCUUGGAAGUCUGGCAAGGCGACGGCUUACCAGAGAAGAUGUGCGAUCGCUGCGUCACCAGAGCGGAGUCUGCUCUUCUGUACAGAGAACAAUGUCGUGCAGCGGACAGGGCUCUGAGACAAGCCGCGUUGAAGGUAUCAGGACUUGCGUCGUACGCUGCUGUUUCCGGCUGCAAGUUGUAUCAGAACCAACAGAAUCAGGGAUUCCUGCCUGUGCAGAAUUCUCACAAACCUUUGAAAUGCAUGGAGUGCGGCGCGAUGUUUAUGAACUAUCAGGAGCUCUACGCCCACAAUCGACUGCAUUUACCGUUUAUGCAGGAUAACAUACCUAUGCAACACAUGCACAUUGUAGAAUCUCAGAAUCCGUACCUGAAUUUCACUCAUGUCAGUUCAAACUUCGUCAACGACAACAUACCGAAUACCCAGUUGUCCCCUUUGGUCAGGUCGAACGUGAUGCACACCAUGUCGUUGAACGAGGAGAGCUCGAGUCGAGCCGCCUGUGCCUUACAUUGCUCGUUGUGCAAUCACACCUUUACCAACAGAAGACAACUUAUAAAUCACAACAUAACGCACAGCACGGAAAACGUCGAUAUAUCGUGCGACAACGAGAACAUCGAGAUCUGCGAAAACUCAAAUCACAUUCCGCAGAACCUGAGCUACGAGAGAUCCAUUCACUCGAUCGAUAAUACCGUUCAGAAUCUGUCGUAUCAGAGAUCCACCGUGGACGAUAACGACGGUAUGCAGAAUAUAAAUUUUCCCGAGAACAUUGAUCUGGACGGCGUCCAGGAGAGCAAUUCCGAGCGCAUGCAGAACGUAACGAUGCAUUCCGAAAAUGACGUGUCGAUCGCGGAAAAUCUGAGUUUCAUAAAGGCGCCCGAGAAGAACAAGCAACUCAUGAUCGAGUAUCAGGGAUGUCCGACUGAUAACGGUUAUAAGCAGCCUCUCGAGAUCAAAGACACGGAAGAUGUUCAUGCGAAGAAGCACCAGUGCGAAAUAUGUCUGAGACAAUUUUCACAAAAAUCGAAGCUGUACGCUCAUCAGUUGUCCCACUCGGGUCAGCAGCCGUUCAAAUGUCUGAGCUGCGGCAAGGGUUACACCUCGAAGAGCAAACUCAAUGCGCACAUGAGACUGCACACCAAAACCAAUGUGCAUCAGUGUAAGGUUUGCGAUAAAAUAUUCCCGUAUCCGUCGUACUUGGACGAACAUAUGAAGGUGCACAACAAGAUCGACGAUACGUCGCAGAGCAAGGACUUCGAAUGCGGCACCUGCAGCAAACGUUUUCGUCUUCUGAAGAACCUGAAGGCUCACGAGAGACUUCACACCGGGAAGGGCGUGGUGCAAUGCGAGAUUUGUGACAAACAAUUUAGCCAUAAUUACAAUCUGAAAAUGCAUCUGCAGACGCACAAGACGUCGAGGGUGCACAAAUGCGAGUAUUGCGACAAGCGUUUCGUGCAGAAGGGUAAUCUGGUUGAACAUUUGCGAAUUCACACAAAAGUGAAACCCUUCGCGUGUAAAUUGUGCGGCAAGAGAUUCGCGCAAUCGAGCCACCUGAAAAGUCACGAAGCCUCUCACGGCACUUUGAGGCAGCACCAGUGUCGAUUAUGCGGCAAGAGAUUCAAACUGGCGAAUCAUCUGAAGCGACACUUGAAUUUGCAUACCGGCACAAAAACGUACAAGUGCAAUCAAUGCAACCAAAUGUUUUCGCAGUCUUUCAGUUUGACUAGGCAUUUGAAGAAACACAACGAGUCGCACAUGUAGUUUGUCCGAUGAUAAAUCGCAAUUUAUGUACAUACGUGUGAAUACACAUAUUUUACAACGUAAGAGGUAAAAGUUCUGGGGAACUGCAAUUAUUUUUAUUCUUUUACAAAAAUCACAAUUUCCGAUUCCGUUCCAAGUAUCCAUAAAUCUUUCUGAUCCAAACUCAAAGAUCUUACAAAUGUUUUUUUUUUUUUUUUUUUUGACCAGAU